CGCGUGGGGCCGCCUCGGGGCCACUUCCGGAGACGGCCGGAAGUCCGCGUCUCUUAGUAACCAAAGGACCCGGCGUGUUGGGGCUGAGAUCUGGGAUGGGCUGCGAAUGGCGGCGAGUUUCUGGGGCGGUCUGGGAUGUGAGGGACUCGCAGCACCCCCACGGGCCCUGUCCUGUUGUUGCUGCCAUGGCUUAGAAAGAGAGAUGCUGGGCUUCCUAAGAUCAGCGCUCAGGUGGAUGUGACCUCUCAUGGGCUUUCAAAGGAGGCUAGGCCUUUUGCUGACUGGCCUGACCGCGGGGCUGCUGCUGCUCUUCAGCUGGGCGACGCUUGUUCAGCCGACCUCUCUCUCAGCUUUGGCCCACCACCCCCACUUGUGCCAGACCACCUGGGAUGCUGAUGGCCGCCGCUACCCCGGUUUUUUCUGUCCUCGGCUCUCGGAUACCCGGGAGGAAGCCUACUGCUGCCACCUGCAGGCUGCAGGGGGCUUCUGCUGCACCCGGGCUGAAUUUGAGGCCUUGUACCAGGUCAACCUGUCCGCCCUUCCGCCCCCACCCAUCCUCAGGGGUCGGGGUCCGCUCCUAGCCCUGGGCCUCUAUACCCUGCUGCUCGUGGCCCUGAUGACCGCCGACCUGGUGCACUUCUGCCGCGGACGGGGCGGGGGCCGGCGCCGGCGUCCCCGCCGGCUUCCCUCUCGGUCCUCCGCUGCGCGCCCCCUGCAGGUCCCAGUGGGAACAGACUAG